AUGUGGCCCCGGCCCACAGCCAGCGGGAGGUCCUGCUGCACCAAUAGGAGCGCUCCGAGUCUGCGCCCGUCAGCCAAUCAGAGCGCUCCGAGUCUGCGCCCGUCAGCCAAGCUGACCAAUCUGCAGGUGGAGGCGGCCCAGUGUAGGGCAGCGCCUCUCCACGCCCCGCCCACCACCACCGCCACGCCCAACGCCGGCGCCCUAUUGGACAACAGCCUGACGGAACACUCGCUGGACAACGACAUCAAGAUGCACGUGCUGCCCCUGGAGCUCCAGUUCCGCUCCGUCGCCCCAAGCAACGUCGCCGCGCAGGUCUCCCAGGCGGGGCGGUGCCGGGGGCGGUGGUGGGCGUGUCUAAUGGGCACGCGGGCGCCGUGUCGCGGCACCAUAAGAACGAGCGCGUGCGCAGCGGGCCAGCCGGCUGACGGUGCUGCGGGAGUACGCCUACGACGUGCCGACCAGCGUGGAGGGGGGCAGCGUGCAGAGCGCCCCCCAGAGGCAGCGCGGGGAGGAGGCCACCAGACAACGCGGGCCAGCCGGCGCGCCGCCUACAUGGCCUACCGCGAGCGCCACAUGGGCCAGCAGGACAGCAGCGACGCCAGCACCAGCCUGCCCCGCCGACCGCGCCACGCCCACGCCCAGCCCACGCUGGAGGCCCGACCCAAAGCCCAGAGCUACGGGCUGAACCUGGCCAGCGCCACCGGGGGCCUCCUGCAGCAGAAGGACACUGGGCUCCUGGUCCUACAGGGGCCCGUCAUCUCACUGGGGCCCCCGACCGCUCCGCCUCCAGCACCAUCAGAACUGGACUCUGGAAACACGAGACCACGGUGUAGCCAAUGA